GUCCGCAAAGUCGGUCUGUGUCCCAUGGGGAUGGAUUAUCGGAAGCAGUCCAGGCAGAGAGUGUCUUCCGAUGGGCCAUGGCACUCCGUUUCAGCAUUUCCGGGCUCGAUUCCGCCAUGUCGCUCGCUGUGGCGAUGGACGCAGCCGCGUUGUAGUUGAAACUUGAGCGACGGUCUGGUCGGUCUCCGAAGUGGAAAGCGGGAGUCUCCGGGCGAUGGGGUUCACGCCAGAAACAUAAGGUUUGAUAACAUUCUUCACUUCCGUCCGGCAAACCAGGUGGGGCAAGUCCAAUGACGUGUGACAACAUCAACUUGGAAAUCAUACAGCAUGUCUUCACCUGGUGCAUUUACUACUCACUCAGUAAUACAAUAGGACAGAGUCCCGUGGCCACGGCCAACGAUGACAGUGGCGAACGGCACGCCAAACGACCUACACGAUGGCACGAAGCCGGAUAUCGUAAUCGUAGGAGGUUCUCUUGGCGGCCUUUUCGCUGGCGUUGCACUCAAGAGCCAUGGCUACAACACAACCAUUCUCGAACGCACGCCCACAUUCUUGCUCGAAAAUCAAGGCGCCGGAAUUGUAGCUGGCGGCGACACCAUCGAGUUCUUCAGGAGAUAUGACCGCACCGGCAGACCCGUCGCUGUACCCAGUUUCAAACGACUGUACCUGAAUCAAAAAGGACAUGUUAUCCAUGAGGAGGCCAAUCGCCAAAAUAUGACUUCGUGGGAUUUGACCUAUUAUCUCUUGCGUGCGAAUUAUGAUCGUGUCGACUCUGCUUAUCUCGAAGGAGGCAAACUCCCGGAAGCGCGAACUACUGACGGGGACACCAAUUACCUAUGCGCUUGUACUGACGGGUCUGAGGUUGAAGAUGAAUUGACCACGAACUUCCUAAUCGCUGCAGACGGACCAAGCUCGACGAUACGCAAGAUGUUGUGUCCGGAGGUCGAACGGAAGUAUGCUGGUUAUGUGGUCAUCAGAGGAACCGUCCCGGAAAGCGAAGCCACACAAGAGGCCUUAGACGUGUUUCGGGAAAGAUUCUGCUUUUACCAUUGUCCGGGAAUACAGAAUCUGACGUACACCAUUGCGGGAGAGAACGGUAGCACGGAGCCGGGCAAGCGUCUUCUGAACUUCGUCUGGUACACCAACUUCCCCGAAGGCGAACCCGAAAUCGAGAAGCUCAUGACCGACAAAGAUGGGAGACGCAGACAUAUCACAAUACCACCUGGGAAAAUCGCAUGGGAUGCUUGGGAGAUGAUCAAAAGCCGUGCUGACGAAAAACUUCCGCCACAAAUGGCUGAAAUGGCCCACAAGACCAAGAACCCUUUUGUGCAAUGCAUUACAGAUGUCAUCUCGCCGAAGCCACUGCACAUGGGCGAUAAAGUGUGUCUGAUAGGCGAUGCUCUCGCUGGCUUCCGGCCGCACACCGUUGCCUCCACCUCUCAAGCUGCUUACGAUGUCAUGAGUUUGGUCGAUUGGCUGGAUGGCAAGAUCGAUCGAAAUCGGUUUGUAGCACAAGUGAUGCAGUACGCACGCCUGAUCCAAAGCAGCGGCGUUUAUAUUGGCAAUCGCUCGCAGUACGAGUCUUUGCCAGUUGAGGAAUAUAUCAAGGAUAGGAAUAUGAUGAGCAUACCUAGGUGGGAUUUGAAGUACCCCGAAUGGACAAAGGCAGAUCUUGAUAAAAUGUGAACUCACGACGCUC